AUACAAUCCCUGCAUACAGUCAACAGUAUUUGGUCUAAAGAGUGCAGGGUGCAGUAGUGAAUGUAGGAAUAUCUUCUGUUCAGUACCAGCAGCACCACACCUCCAUUGGAUAAUGACCUCUACAGCCCAGCAGCUGCUGCACUCCCAGCGGGAUGUGCUCCUGGAGUGGACACGUGUCCACCCUGCCCCCCUACUACGCUGGCUAUGUGACGCCGGGGUACUUUCUCACGCCCACUACCUGUCCCUGCUGGAGCGUUCGCCCUCCAAUGCCGUUGCGCAGGCCCUGGAGACGGUGUGCGCAAGUGAGGAGAGCAGCCGCGGCUUCCUGCAGGUCCUGAGGGAGGUGCAGGACUACUACUGUGAGGAGCUGCAGGUCUGGGUGGAGAGACACUGCAGGGAGAGGACAGAAGGGAUGAAGGAGGCCAAACCGGUCAGAGUGGAGGAGAAGAAAAAGACAAAAAGCCCCAUUUCAAAACUGUUCAAAGGCAAGAGUAAAUUCACUGUGACCCCUGAGGUCAAAGUUGAGGAAGGGUUGAAACCUCGGCAGAGUAUAAAAUCUUCUCAUCUCAGAGUUCCCCUUUCAGCUCACAGAAAUACCCUUCUGGAUCGUACAGAACAACUUACAUCUUACGCAGAAGGGGGAGGACAGGCCGUCAACUCUGCUUCUCACAUUGAGAUCCGAUACACUGAUCUCUUCGUGACCGAGGACAACGAGUCAUUUGACAGCAGCCAGCAUGAGUACUUCACCCUGGCCAGUCGACGGGCGCGCAUCUACGCCCACCAAGCCUGCCAACGCAUCUGCCCUCGCCACCUCCUGAGCCCCCAAGGCACCACAGGGCGCCCACCUAAGCGGGUAAAGGUGAAGGGCAUUGCUGGCAUCGGCAAGAGCGUGGCAGUGCAGAGGCUGGUCUAUGAGUGGGCGCUGGGGAAGCACAUGCGUGAGUUCACCUGUGUGUUUGACCUCCGAUUCCGCGAGCUGAACCUGAUAAAAGCCCCGCUGAGCUUACUGGACCUGCUCGAAGACCGAUUCCGCUACUUCAAGACUGUCCUGCCAGACCUUCUGGCCUCGCCAGGUCCCUUGCUCUUCAUUCUGGAUGGGCUGGACGAGUUUCAAUACCAACUGGACUGGAAUGCUCCUGACAGGGACAUCGCCGUGGACUCCAAGGUGCCUGUAUCAGAGCUGAUAAUGGCGUUGAUCAAGGGGAGUCUACUCCCAGAAUCCUCGGUCAUCCUGACAUCCAGGCCUUCCACGGAUGCUCCUAAGCGGUUCUUCCAGCGUUGCUGCGUGGUCCUGGGAUUUGAGGAGGACCAGGUGAAGGAGUACACCUCCAAGUUCUACAAGGACCCCGAGGUGUCUGAGAAGGUGUACAACUACAUCCUGGACAAUGACAACCUCUUUGUGCUCUCCUUCAUCCCUCUCUAUUGCUAUAUCAUCUGCACCGCCUUGGCUGAGUUCUUCUCCAGUCAGGAAGUUAGUGACUCACGGUCUCUAGAGUUGAACCCACCUAGGACAGUCAGCGAGGUUUACUACUGCUACCUGUUUACAGCCAUCAAGCACCAUGCGCUGAAAGGUAAGGCGAAGAGGAACAUCCUCAGAUCGGAGGUACUUUCUCUAGUUAGGCAACAGCUGACGAACCUGGGGAGAUUAGCUUACGAAAACCUUCUAAAGAGUAAGAUCAUGUUCGACAUACAGGAUCUGGAACGUUAUGGUCUCACGCCAGUAGAUAUACAGAGCACCUUCCUCAGUCAGAUCCUGGUGCCUCUGAAAGAGGAGAGGGUGGAGAUGUUUUCCUUCUUCCACUUGACCGUCCAGGAGCAUCUGGCCGCCCUGUACUGUGCGAUCAACCUCUCAAAGCAGGGUCACAUAAUCCAGGCUCUGGACUUCUGGUGCUUUGGUGAGAUCCCCCCACCUUCCACCUACCCAACUCCCGUACUGAGCCAAGACCUCCACCUGGACCAGACUAGGGUGGAGAACCUGCAGAUGUUCACUCGCUUCUUCAUGGGCCUUCUCCGGGCCAGGCUGGGGGGGCAGUUGGAUGGGCUGGUGCUGGCCCCUCUGGAGGUGGGCUUGGAGGGGAGGAUAUCUCCACCAGGCUGGGUAUCUGGUUCCAGAACCAGUUUAAGGGUAGGCAACUAG